ACGUGAGCUAAACCGUACCACGCGCAGCAAGCCCGAACCGGCUUGGGUGUCAACGUCGAAAAUUACAGCCAGGUACAAACAACUGAAGGCGUUGUUGAACAUCGUUUAGGCAGUCUGUCCUAAACCAUUCGUGAAAGAUGGCGGACGACCCAACCGCAGCGGAUAGGAACGUGGAGAUCUGGAAGAUAAAGAAGUUGAUCAAAAGUCUCGAAGCUGCUCGAGGGAAUGGCACGAGCAUGAUCUCACUAAUCAUCCCCCCAAAGGACCAGAUUUCUCGAGUGGCCAAGAUGUUGGCUGAUGAAUUUGGCACAGCCUCUAACAUCAAGAGCAGAGUCAACCGCCUCUCUGUUCUAGGAGCCAUCACGUCUGUGCAACAGAGACUAAAGCUGUACAAUAAAGUGCCACCCAAUGGCUUGGUGGUGUAUUGUGGAACAAUUGUGACCGACGAGGGCAAGGAGAAGAAAGUCAACAUUGACUUUGAACCGUUCAAACCAAUCAACACAUCGCUGUAUCUGUGCGACAACAAAUUCCACACAGAGGCCCUGACUGCCUUGCUGUCAGACGACAGUAAAUUUGGGUUCAUUGUGAUCGACGGAAGUGGAGCGCUCUUUGGAACUCUGCAGGGCAACACAAGAGAAGUGCUGCACAAGUUCACUGUGGACCUUCCCAAAAAGCAUGGUAACCCUUAGCCACUCCCCCUUUGAGGAGUAGUA